UUAGAGGUUAUCUGUACAUGUGUAGUUAUCCACAACAACCGCAGCCUCCUUUAAGAGUAAACCAGAACCUUGCACUCUAUCCCGUGUAACCUCUGUUAUCUUCCCUUCACUGAUAUCUGCUGGUCUGAGCGGUCACCCGUGAAUGAGCGGCUCUGAGCGGAACCAUAAUCCUGCUGGAAACAACCGCCCGGAAACGCUGGACUGCUGCGGAGGACUUAACAACGUCGACUACUCCAAGAUGGAUGUGACGCUGAUGGAAGAACUCCUAAAACACAUUAACUUUCAUGACUCCAGCUUUUGUGUCGCUGUGAUUGCCAUCAUUUUCAACCCUUUCUUCUGGAAUGUGGUGGCGAGAUGGGAGUAUCGAACACGGCAGCUUUCUAGGCUCUUUGGCAAUCCCUACCUGGCCUGUUACGCUCUGGGCUUCAUGAUCAUUCUGCUAAAUGUGUACCGCAGCCACAGUAUGACGGUGGCAAUGAGGGCCCAGGCCAGAUGGGGAGUUAUGGACAGGACAGAUGUUUUCUACGCUGGGAUAGCUCUCAUGGUGCUAGGGACUCUGCUGGUGGUCAGCAGCUUCCUGGCUCUGGGAUUCACUGGAACCUUUCUUGGCGACUACUUUGGCAUUCUGAUGGAUGAGAAGGUGACUGGGUUCCCCUUCAACGUCACAGAGAACCCGAUGUACUGGGGCAGCACUGCCAACUACCUCGGACUGGCACUCAUUGGUGCCAGUCCUGUUGGUCUCCUCCUGACUGCUAUAGUUGCCAUGGCUUACAAGGUGGCGAUAAGAUUCGAGGGACCAUUCACCGAACAGAUCUAUCAGCAGAGGAGUCAGCGACGCAAGCAUGAAUGAUCGCUCUCCCUCCCGUGCACUUCCUCCUCUUGUUUUGGCCGAAGGAUUCCCAUCCUGUCAUGUGAACGGACACACUGAGCAACGGCUUCGGUCAUUAAUCGACCUCCAGUAUGGAUACAAAGGAAAUGAUCGCACUGUUAAUUUAGCUUUUAUGAGUGGGAACACUACUUGGAGCCAUUUUUCCAGUGUACUAUAAUUGUGGACCUCAUGACUGUGAUUCCUGAGAAUGUCAAGUUCAAGGAAAAAACUGAUAUAUUUCAAGAUGAGAAUACUGAUACCACAUCAGUAUGUUAAAAGGAGAUUCCAGCAGUUUUUACACAUUAAAGUGUUUUUACAGAUUUUAGACAUUACCACAGCAUGUGUAAAAAAGUUGAAAAAACCCUUUGUGGUUCCGGAGGGAGCUGAUGUCUGAUGAAUUGCCUUAAGUAAUUUGCAUCAGUGCUGGUUGGAGCUAAAGUGUACAAGUUUAAACAAGAAAAAAGAAGUUUGAAUUCAAACAGAAGUGAACUUUGCAGACUUCUGUAGCCUGUUCAACAUCUGUGCUUGAAGCUAGAAGCUCGAGGCGACAUUAGCCGCUACUAGCUUAUGGGAAGCUCUUUUAUGCACGACAUAAAAAAAAUCAAAAUUCUCGUCUUUAUUCUAAGCUAGGAUAAUCACCUCACUGCUCCAGCUCCAUAGUCCACACACAUGAUAAUGGUAUCAAUCCUCUCAUCUUACUCUCAGCAGGAACAUCAAUAAUCAUAUUGCUAAAAAUGUUGAGUUAUUUCUUAAAAGGUAUACCAGACUACAUUUCAAUUGUAUGUACAGUAAAAAACACUGACAUAUACUGAAAGCUUGCUUUUCAAAUUCAUGAAAUGCAGAGAAUUGCUGCCUGCUCCUGCAAGAGUGAAAGAUACUCAACCCAAGGCUACAUCCACACUAAUAAGGUUUAAAACUGCAUUUUUAAAGGAAAACAAUAGUCUUUAGCUUUAUUUCAGAAACAGUCUUCAUGCAUACUUCGAUACCUUCAAAGGCAUGUAUGACCAUUUACAUUGGCAUGCAGGUGCAGGUACAAACAUGAAACAGUGGUUUGGUUGCUGAGUUUUAGAAAAUACUAUGGAGGAAGAAGAGCCUUGGCAAAAAAAAAAAAAAUGAGAGCAGAGAUUUCCUUAACUUCACAACAGCUGCAAGCACAGACAUCAAGGCCUGUAGCCUAAUUUGUUAUCUAUGUUGAAUCAACCGUGUAGUCAAGAUUCAUGGCUGCAUUCCAAAAGAAAUGCUGUUUCUUUUACCUUUUGCUAUGUAGUGUAGUGCAGCAGUUCUUACAAAGUAUGUACCGUCCUGCAGUUUGCACAUAUCUGGGACAUACGACUUUGUCAUAAUGUUGCACUGUAAACUAUGAUCGCCUUGCUCUUUUAUCCACUGUAUACUCGGUUUUGAGAAAUGUGUUGCUAUCUGUCUGUGCACUCGAUGGCUGAAGCUCGUUUAUAGUUGGACAAGACACUCUGAGAUACGUGACGCAACUAUGCUGAGGACUGAGCAUCAGCAUACUGCAAAAUCCGACCGGAUGAGUAGGGUCUGGUAUUUUUGGGACACAGUAAAUCUUUUUUUGGCGUCCUAUGUAGUAUUGUAGUACAAAGACUAAUUGUCUUUGUUUUUCUCUGGAAAGUGAUUGUUUGAUACGAACGUGACAAUUAGGGAAUGAGUGUAGUGACAGUUAGGCCCCUCAGCAAAGCAAACAUGGUCGUCUGCAUCAUCAUUUUUCAAAAGCCUCUAUCCCUGUUCGUUCAGAAGUACCAGAAGCUAUGGUCUUUAAAAUCAAAAACACAUUAGUGUGGAUGUAGCUUUAUUGCUGCCACUUGGUGCAGCAGUGAUACAUAUCUGCUUAGUCUUAAAGAAGUAAAAAUACACUGUUUUUGCUCACCUGCAUGAUUUCCACACAUACUUUUUCCACACUAAAAUAGACUCACAAUACUAGGAAACACACUGGUGCAAGUCAGUAUAUUAAGAGCACUCUGUUCCAUUUAGAUGUACCAGUUAGUGAUACGAGGCAGCCAGUAGGUACAGUGUGAAAGCAAUGGAAGUGAUACGCCUGGAUGUAAUGUAUUUAUAAUUAAUGUUAUUGAUUACAGCUUUUUGACGUCGAGCUAUCUCCUGUGAAAAAGUCUCAUUGAUGUCAAUAGUUUUCCAAAUGUUCUGUUCCAGUUCAGUGUUUUCUCUUUUCCAUUUGCAUUACUGCAUUUUGACUGAUUCUUAGUAUACAGUGUUAUAUAUAUAUAUUUUUUUCUAUUUGAUCAUGUUAGCCAAGACUGGAAGCACAGAAAAACAGCAUAUUUCCCAAAGUGGUCCUCACUCAUUUUUUUUUUACUGCUGCAAGUUACCGAUUAAUCUCAGUGCUUUUUUUUUGUUAAACUCCCUUUAUGAUGACAACAUUUAUUGAAAAUACUGCCAGAUUUGAUGGUCUAACCGCCUAUAAAGUGAAAUCAUCAUCUGUAUGAGUAAUAUUUUCAGUGUUUGUCAAAGCAACACAGAAGUUUAAAAGUUUUCACCUCAAGACAGCAAUUUUAUUUACACAAAAACUACAGUUUCAGAUCAUAUUCUGCAAAACUAACACGAAUCUAAGAUAACAUUCAAAACUGCCAGUGUUAUACAGAUUUUGAGUGAUUUUGUACACUUUUUUUUUUUUUUUUUUUUUUUUAAAUAUUUGAUAAUAAAUCAUUUAAACAUCAGAGGAGCUGUACCAGUAAUGGCCUGGUAAUGUGCUUUUUGUUUAUGGGAUAUUUUUAUGUAAUAAAAGAACGAGUCAGAGUGCAAAA